CGGACAUUUCUGAUAAGUUACAAUUGUUUGUACGUUUGGCAUACGAAAGUGUUUCUUUUACUGUUGAAGCUGCUCUGUUAUCAGACGGAAUAGUGUUUACUGUAAGAGAGCGACCUAAUGCCACAUAUAGAGUUCGGCAUUAUUAGACCGAGGGAGAAUGCCCACAUGUGCAGAAUGUGGAUCCACUAAAGUGGUGGAGGAUGACUUGUACUCAGAGAGGACACUUGUGUGCGAAGACUGCGGGUCGGUUGUUGCCGCGGAACACCUCACGACAACAAGAAGCGAGGAGGAGCAAGGCACAUCGGUUCCAUAUUAUGCCAGCACAGAGGUCACAAAGAAACCCUGCAGAAAUCUCAUUAAAGGCAUCAAGAGGGUACGCGCCCUGUGCCGAAUCUUCCGAUUUCCUAAUGACAUGGAGGCCAGAACUGUGGAGCUGUUUCAGCAGGCUUACGCCCAUCCCACUUUCCUGCAAGUCAGCCUGGACAAAAAAGAGAUCUUGGCUGGAGCCUGCAUGGUCGCCAUUGCCAGGAUGAACAAUUGGCCCGUUGCCAUGGGAACUAUCAGCUCGCUGCUUGAGGCCGACGGGACCCUGCUAGGAGCGGUUUAUCAGGACCUCACCCAGAGCCUUCAUCUUCAGGCGGCCAGCGCAAGUGUCACAGACCUGCUGGAGAACUACUGUCACGGAUUGAAUCUUAAGGUCGAUGUGGUGGGCGUGGAGUUCGCCGAGACGCCCCAGCGCCUGACCGAGAGGGCCACGGCGUUGGUGGAGCUGGCUGGAGACACCUGGUUGGUCACAGGUCGCCACCCGGUACGCGUCAUGCUAGCUGCUGUCUUCGUGGCCUGGCAGUCUCUCCGGCCAGCAACUCGUAUGAAGGUGUCCCUGCUGCAGUUCUGUCGACUGGCGAAGGUGGCGGAGGGCUACCGUGUGGCCUGUGAGCGGCUAAAGGAGCUAAAGGACAUGCUGUGCAAGCUGGGCGCCGAGCUGCCGUGGCUGAGGGGGGGUAAGGUGGAGCCGCGAAAGCUCCCCGCCCUAGUGGAGGACAUUCUGAAGCACAGGCGCCAGCUGCUGGCCAUGGCCAUGAAAAGCCAUGAGGAAGCCCUGCAGGCUACCGCUAAUUCCAACCCGAAUGCAACAGUGACCGUUUACUGCAGGUCUCCACUGGGAGAGAGUGCGCCAGUGUCCACGGAGACCAUGCUAGAGGUCAGAAACAGGCCUGGACCCACGGAAAAUGCACCCACCUCCCACAACAAGCCCACGCUACAAGAAAUCACGCAUGCCGCUGGUGACAUGGCUGUAUCAGCAGAGACUGCUCUCACACCUGGCAGUGUGCCUGCAGUGCCCUGUUCGACCCGCACCGCAGCCCAGGUAGACCCACCUGGCUCAGGUAGAGCUCUGUCUGAAGUACACCUGGCAGAGGCUGGCCCUGAGUGCCUGAGAUCAGCUGGUGUGAAGAGGAGAGCAGGACAGACGGACACAUUUAUUGGAGCAGACGGAAAGGAAGUGGAGGAGGAGAGGGCGCCCCCUGCUGGACAGAGCCCUCAGUGCAGCGCUGAGCUCCCAGAGGACCACUGGGGCAAGAGACAGCUGUUCGUACCCCCCUGCGUACUGCUGCCGUCCAAGCGGCCGAGAACGGAGCGAGGACCCGACGUGACGGGCGACGAGGAGAUCUCCGACUCCGAGAUCGAGACCUACAUCCGUACAUCUGCAGAGAUCCAAGACGUCCUGGAGACCCAGAAGUGGAUUAUACAGGAAGAGCAGAUUAAGGCCCAGCAGAAGGCAAACUAACAUCUAACAUUCCUCAGUUUGGCAUAUUUAUUUAUACCCUAGUAUGUUUUAUUAUUAUUUUCAUUAUUAUUUGUUUAGUCUGGAGGCUGGUGAAAUCGGAAUGUACUACAUUAUUCAUGUGUCUGCACUUUUCUUUAAGAAUAAAAAUACAAUUUAUUUAUAUAGCAAAAAUAUAUUGAAGUGCUGCUACAGUUUUGUGGAGCCUGUGGUGACCGUUCCCAAGGGUUUUAUCAGACUCUGAAAGGGCAUGUACACAUGUGAUUUAAUUUGUCAAAUAAAGUGUUUUGUAACUUG